UAACCAAAAACAAUUCCUGUGUGCCGCGCUUUCUCUAUUUCCUUCCUCCCUCCUUUCUUCCUCCUUCGAUCCACCCCCAUCUCUGCAACUUCAUUCACUCACUCUCUCACUCUCUCACUCCUCUCACCUCAACAUCUCUCACUUUCUCUCUCCAAAAUCAUGCGAUGAAAUUCGGAAGGCACAACCACAAGCAUUCGUCAUCAUCUUCGUCGUUGAAACUAGUGAUUCUGGUAUCGUUUCUCGCUUUGGUUGGAUUUGGCGUUGUUGCAGAUCUCUUAUGGGCGUCUUCUUCUUCUACCUUUUCCGCUUUUCGAUAUGUUGCUGAUAAUUGGCCUUCUCAGCAAUCUACUACGAUUAAUCUUCCCAGUGUUAACCUAACUUCUCAUCCUAAGGCAAAGGGUAAAGAUCAAGGAAAGAAUGGAGCUCAACAAAGAAUUUUAUCAGCUACUUUUGCAGACUUGCCAGGACCCGAACUACAGUGGGAGAAGAUGCCAUCGGCUCCUGUGCCACGUCUAGAUGGAGCUGCCAUACAGAUUAAGAAUAUCUUGUACGUUUUUGCUGGAUAUGGAAACAUUAAUCUUGUGCAUUCCCAUGUUGACGUCUACAAUUUUACGGACAAUACUUGGGGAGAAAGUUUUCCUAUGCCUAAGGAGAUGGCUCAUUCUCAUUUAGGAAUGGUAACGGAUGGGAGAUAUAUAUAUGUUGUAACUGGACAAUAUGGUCCACAAUGCAGAGGGCCGACAGCUCGUAAUUUCGUGCUGGAUACUGAAACAAGGCAGUGGAAGGACCUUCUUUCUUUGCCAUUCCCUAGGUAUGCACCAGCUACUCAACUUUGGAGAGGAAGGUUGCAUGUCAUGGGUGGUAGUGGGGUAAACCGGUACACACCUGAAAUAGAACACUGGAGUCUGGUAGUGAAGGAUGGGAAACCAUUGGAGAAGGCGUGGCGAUCCGAAGUGCCUAUUCCUCGUGGUGGACCUCACAGGGCUUGUGUUGUGGUUGAUGACAAACUAAUGGUUAUUGGAGGUCAAGAGGGUGAUUUCAUGGCCAAACCUGGGUCACCAAUUUUUAAGUGCUCCCGCAGGCAUGAGGUGGUAUUUGCCGAUGUUUAUGUGCUGGAUGAUGAGAUGAAGUGGAAAACGCUCCCCCCCAUGCCAAAGCCAGAUUCCCAUAUAGAGUUUGCCUGGACUAUAGUUAACCAUUCAAUUAUCAUUGCGGGAGGCACAACUGACAAGCAUCCUAACACAAAAAAGAUGAUCCUGAAUGGAGAAAUUUUCCGGUUUGAUCUAGACACACUGAAAUGGUCAGUGAUAGGGAAACUUCCGUACCGUGUCAAAACAACUCUAGUUGGAUUUUGGGAUGGUUGGUUCUAUUUUACUUCCGGUCAGCGAGAUAAAGGGCCUGAUGAUCCAGCCCCCAGAAAGGUCAUUGGGGAAAUUUGGAGAACUAAAUUAAGCUUCUAGCCAAUUAAUUUUUUAAUACUUCAAUUUUAGGUAGGUCAUAUUCUUCAUGUACCAUUGUUAGAUGUUCGAAUCUGAAGCUGUGGAGCAAUAUUGGUUCAUUUCUGCUAUACCGUGUCAAUCGGGGAAGGCGAGAGGAUGAAUAUGAGAAAGAACAUUCAAUUAGUUCACUUGGAUUCUUGUAUAGCUUGUAAACAUAAAAGAAUCAAUCAAAGAUGCCUAGCCCCUUUAUGUUCAAGGGAAUUUUGUAUUCCUCCAGCAGUUUGUAAGAAACCCUCAAUACAUCAUUUGUGCAGCUAAAUUAAGGGUUUGUUUCUCUAA